AUGAGUCGAUACGACAGCCGCCCCGGCGACCCUGCUUCUUACCGUGACAGGAAGAGUGAUUCAGGUUUUGGUGGUGGUUCGAGCUAUGGUGGUGGUUCUGGACGAUCGUCAUCUGAAAGGCGGGAUCAGAGUCAUGCCGGUGGUUCACCAAGGAAAUCAGAUCUCGAUGGAUUGACUCCAUUUGAGAAGAAUUUCUAUGUGGAAUCACCUACUGUCGCUGCAAUGUCUGACAGGGAGGUUGAGGAGUAUAGGCUGCGAAGAGAAAUCACUGUGGAGGGACGUGAUGUUCCAAAGCCUGUUUUGAGCUUUGACGAUGUUGGGUUUCCAGAAUAUGUUAUGCAAGAGGUUAGUAAAGCUGGCUUUACAGAACCUACCCCUAUACAAUCUCAAGGAUGGCCGAUGGCUUUGAAAGGACGCGAUCUUAUUGGUAUUGCUGAAACCGGAUCUGGUAAGACGCUUGCCUACCUGUUACCAGCGAUUGUCCAUGUCAAUGCCCAGCCAAUAUUAGCACCUGGAGAUGGUCCGAUUGUAUUAGUUCUAGCCCCAACUAGAGAACUUGCUGUUCAGAUACAGCAAGAAGCUACUAAAUUUGGCGCAUCUUCAAGGAUUAAGAAUACUUGCAUUUAUGGUGGGGUCCCUAAGGGACCUCAGGUUCGUGAUCUCCAGAAAGGCGUAGAAAUUGUUAUAGCUACUCCGGGAAGGUUGAUUGACAUGUUGGAAUCACACCAUACAAACUUGCGAAGGGUUACUUACUUGGUGUUAGAUGAGGCAGAUCGGAUGCUAGACAUGGGUUUUGAGCCUCAGAUGCGAAAAAUUAUCAACCAGAUCCGCCCUGACCGUCAAACCCUGUAUUGGAGUGCUACUUGGCCCAAAGAGGUAGAGCUGCUGGCUAGGAACUUUCUUUACAACCCAUACAAAGUUGUUAUAGGAUCAGCAGAUCUAAAAGCUAACCAUGCAAUUCGCCAACACGUGGACAUUAUUUCAGAGAAUCAGAAGUAUAACAAAUUGGUGAAGUUACUGGAAGAUAUCAUGGAUGGCAGCCGCAUUCUGAUUUUCAUGGAUACCAAGAAAGGCUGUGACCAGAUAACCAGGCAACUCCGCAUGGAUGGUUGGCCUGCUCUCUCAAUUCACGGGGAUAAGAGUCAAGCUGAAAGAGACUGGGUUCUUUCAGAAUUUAAAUCUGGAAAAGCUCCUAUAAUGACUGCAACAGACGUCGCUGCUCGUGGUCUAGACGUGAAGGAUGUUAAGUACGUUAUUAAUUACGACUUCCCUGGGUCGCUGGAAGAUUAUGUUCACCGUAUUGGCAGAACAGGAAGAGCUGGAGCCAAAGGAACUGCGUACACAUUCUUCACAGCCGGGAAUGCCAGAUUUGCUAAGGAGCUCAUCAGCAUACUCGAGGAAGCAGGACAGAAGGUCAGCCCAGAAUUAGCAGCCAUGGGUCGUGGUGCUCCUCCUCCUCCGACAGGGUUUGGGGGCUACCGUGAUCGUGGCAGGGGGACUGGUGGCCGUUCUUGGAGCGAGCUGAAGAGAUGA